AUGCAGAUGAAGGUCGGCGCGCCGAUCGGCGAUUGGCUGGGGAGGCUGCUGAGCCGCGUGGGAGGCACGGUCUGCGUCCUUCUGUCCUUCCCAUUCAUCUUCAGCCCGUGCCUGGGCUGCGGGGCGGCCACCCCCGAGUGGGCCGCCCUCCUGUACUAUGGGCCCUUCAUCGUGAUAUUCCAGUUCGGCUGGGCUGCGACGCAGAUUUCCCACCUCAGUCUCAUCCCGGAGCUGGUCACCAAUGACCACGAGAAGGUGGAGCUUACGGCACUCAGGUACGCCUUCACUGUAGUGGCCAACAUCACCGUCUAUGGUGCCGCCUGGCUCCUACUCCACCUGCAGGGCUCCUCACGCAUGGGGCCUGCCCAGGACCUCAGUGUCAGUGACCAGCUGGGGGUCCAAGAUGUGUCGGUGUUCCGGAAUCUCUCCCUGUUGGUGGUGGGCAUCGGAGCCGUCUUCUCGCUAUUGUUCCACCUGGGCACCAGGGAGAGGCGCCGGCCACGGGUGGAGGAGCCAGAUGAACACAGCCCCCUGCUGGCCCCCAUGGCCGCCCAGCCCUUGCUGCUCUGGAAACACUGGCUUCGGGAGCCGGCUUUUUAUCAGGUGGGUGUGCUGUACAUGACCACAAGGCUCAUUGUGAACCUCUCCCAGACCUACAUGGCCAUGUACCUCACCUACUCCCUCAAACUGCCCAAGAGGUUCAUCGCGACCAUUCCUCUGGUGAUGUACCUCAGUGGAUUCGUCUCCUCACUUCUAAUGAAGCCAGUCAACAAGUGUAUCGGGAGGAACCUGACCUACUUCGCUGGCCUUCUGGUGAUCUUGGCCUUCGCAGCCUGGGUGGCACUGGUGGACAGGCUGGGCGUGGCCGUGUACGCUGCGGCCGGGCUGCUGGGCACUGGAUGUGCCACCAUUCUUGUCACCUCGCUGUCUAUGACGGCCGACCUCAUUGGCCCCCACACGCACAGUGGAGCCUUUGUGUAUGGCGCCAUGAGCUUCUUGGAUAAGGUGGCUAACGGGCUGGCCGUGAUGGUCAUCGAGAGCCUGCACCCCUGCCCCUUAGAGCUCUGCUGCAGAGCCUGCUUGGGCUUCUACCACUGGGUGAUGGUGGCCGUGACCGGCGGUGUGGGCGUGGCCGCCACGCUCUCUCUGUGCAGCCUCCUCAUCUGGCCCAUCCACCUGCAACGCUGGGACCCCCGCACCCAACCCUGAGCCCCCGGCCUCCUGCCCCGGUGCACACAGACCAGUUACACGCAUGUGCUGUC